GAGGGAGGAAGUAAGAAAGCUAAGCGAGCAAAGCAAACCGCUUCGCCUGUUAAGAUGGGAGAUAUAGCUGUAGAAUGGCAGAGGAACCAAGUAUUCCAUUAAGGACCACAGGUUUCAGACUGUUACACCGACUCAGCCUCAGGCUCAAUGUGCCUCUGGAUCAGGUGAAUUUUGCAGCUUGUCAGCUGCUUGCUCUGCUUGCUGCCUUUUGGUUCCGUCACUAUCUCAGUCCCACUAAAGUGAGUACUGUUAUCCGGCAUGUGGUUGUCACAAUCCUUGGAAUAUACUUUGUCAUCUUCUGCUUUGGAUGGUACUCGCUGCACGUUUUUAUAGAAAUAUUUCUGUGCUACUGCAUCAUGACGCUGGCAAAGAUCAAGAACAUUCACAAGUAUUCAUUUGUAGCAGCACUUGCCUACCUCACCCUGUGCCAGAUUAGCAGAGUAUAUAUCUUUAGUUAUAAACUCUUGUCCACAGAUUUCUCUGGUGGAUUAUUAUGGCCAUUGAUGAUCAUCACCCAGAAAAUCACCAGCCUUGCCUUUCAACUGCAUGAUGGGAUGGGACGAAAAGAAGAGGAUCUUACUAAAGAACAGAGUCGCGUUGCUGUUAGAGUAAGGCCUACCUUUCUACAGUAUUGCAGCUACCAUCUGAAUUUUCUAAGUAUUUUGGCUGGGCCUACUAGUAAUUACAAGGACUAUAUUGCUUUUAUUGAAGGAAGCCAUAUAAACAUGAAGCUGCUGGAAAUUAACUGGAAAAAAAAAGGCUAUAGAACACUCCCAGAUCCUUCUCCAUUGAGAGCUGUAGUGCAAAAAGUGGCUAUCACAGUUGUGUGUGCACUUCUGUUUUUGAGCAUUUCGAAGAAAUUUCCCAUCUCGUAUGUCAGUGAUGAGAACUUUGUGCGUGAAGCCUCGUUCUUCUCCAGAAUCAGCUAUCUGAUCAUCUCAAUCAACGCCGUCAGGCCAAAGUACUACUUUGCAUGGACUUUAGCCGAUGCGAUCAACAAUGCUGCUGGCUAUGGUUUCAAUGGGAUUGAUGAAAAUGGCAACUUUCGCUGGGACUUGAUCUCAAACUUAAACAUUUGGAAUAUUGAGACUGCAACGAGCUUUAAGAUGUGUUUAGACAAUUGGAACAUUCAAACUUUAUUUUGGCUAAAGAGCAUCUGUUACGAUCGACUUUCCAACUACCGCAUACCUCUGACACUGAUGCUUUCAGCUGUGUGGCACGGAGUGUACCCAGGUUAUUACUUCACUUUCAUCACUGCGAUUCCUGUCACAAUGGCAGCAAGAACGGUGAGAAGAAACUUCAGACAUUACUUCCUUUCUUCCAAGACAAAGAAAGUUGCUUAUGACAUUGCCACAUGGGCCACCACCCAAUUGGUCAUCUCUUACACUGCAGCACCUUUCCUGCUGCUGGCUGUGGGUCCCACCAUCCGAUUCUACAAAUCGAUGUACUUUUACGGUCACAUCGUGUGUCUUCUUGUGCUGCUGGUUCUGCCAACCAAGCUGAGAUACCACUUUGAUCAAAAAACAGAAAGGCAACCAGACAUCAAACCUGCCAAUGAGACCCUCGAUCCUCAGCUGGAUGAGAAGAUAAAGUAACUCAGCACAAUUGAAGGAUUACAAAUUGGGUCUCGGACCAAAUUGAAGUUGUGAGGAAAAGGGGGAAGGAGGAGGAGAGAGAAAAUAACCAUUUAAUUGGUUUGGACAUCAUGCUCAUAGUGUAUUGUUUAAAGUGGUUUUAAAGGAAUGGAAUAGUUUAAUGAAGUUUACGUUGAUGUCCUGUCUAUACUAUACAGAGAUCCCUGCAUUGAGCAGUCUCCUGACACUCUCUUACAAUGUGCUACCACCAGAACUCGAGCCUGGGAUAAUCAGUCUGCAGAUUACAGACAUUACUUUAAUUGUAACUUGUUGUGAAUAGCUUUUUAUUAUAUAUAUAAAAAAAAGUUUAUUAUUGUCCUAGGCAGUUUACGGACAAUUUCGUCUUGUGGGCGUUACGUUUAUAUAAUGAAUCUCAGCAAUCAGCAACCUGAGAAUUGUUGGAGAGACAAGGUCUUGAUGGCUGAUUGAGUAAUUGUUCAAAACAUCUUCAGCCAAAUUGUACUGUUAUUGCUCUCACUGUGUAAUUUGUCAUAGUUCAUGCUGAUCUGUUGUAGCAUUUGCUCUCUCCCCAGACCACAAAUCACAGGAACAUAAGUGAUUUUCUGGUAAGGAAUUAAGCCCCAUCGUUCUUUUUAACUCAUUGAUUUUUUUUUAAUCAAUGGUCCAAUCUCUGAAUAUCGGGGGUCAGUCUAAUCUGUGGAACAAUGAGAGUCUGCUUCGUUCACAGGUUAGGGGGUGGUGGGGCAGGGCUGGGGCGGAGAAGCAAAAUGGGAACUGUGCGUUCAGGUAAGGUGAGAAUUUCCUCAAUUAAACCUCGCAGCCUGCACUGGUAAUGUGCACGUAAGCACACUUCUUGUCACUGUGGGUCUCGACUGGAAACGAGAGGAGAAACGAGGAUCAGGGGUGCACAGGAGGGAAGCGAGAACCUUUCAAAAGGCCUGAGGUAGAGUGGCUGUGAAGCUACAACUAAUUGACUGAGAAUCAUUACAGUUGUUACAGUGAAUACACUGAACGUGUGGACUCUAAAAUUGCAAUAAGUUUGUGUUGUUGUUUUCCUCUGUUCCGGUUUUCCAUUGAAUCCAGGUACUUCUAAGUAAGAGCGUUCAGCACUGUUACACUGGUGUAUUUUAUUACACAACAUUUCUGCUGUUUGGCAAAAGUUUUGCAAAUAAAGCCACUUAUUUAUUUCAA